AUGUUCGCCAGACCCCGACCGAAAAAGUCCGCGCUGCCGCCGCCGCCCAAGAAGCGCAAGGCCGAGUCCGCGGUCGAGGAGGUCAACUUCGAUUUCGAUGCGCGGCAGGAUUACUUGACCGGUUUUCACAAGCGCAAGCUGCAGCGCGUAAAGUUUGCGCAGGAGCAGGCGGCCAAGAAAGCGAGGGAGGAGAAGAUCGAGAUGAGAAAACAGGUAAAGCAAGAACGGCAAAAGGAAGUCGAGGAGCAUGUCAAGGCCGUCAACGCACUGCUCCAAGAGGCGCAGGCCGCGGACUCAGACAACGACCAGGAAAUUUCAGACUUUGAAGAGUGGGACGGCAUUGAAGACCAGGGCAAGGAGCAAGCGGCGCAGACAGACAUCGUGGACUACGAAGACGAGUACAUAGACGAAGAUCGGUAUACCACGGUCAAGGUUGAGGCCAUCGCCGUCACACGAGACGGUCUCGAGAAGCUCAACCAAGACAGCGACGAGGAAGCGAAUGACGAAAACAAGGACAAGACAGAAAAUCCUGCAGCGGACAAGCCGGCGGCGAAGAAGAAGACGUUUAAGGACAGGCCAAAGAAGCCCAAGUUCCGCUACGAGUCAAAGCUGGAGAGACAAGUUGGCGACAGGAAGCUGAAGGCCAAGAAGAAGGCCAAGUUCAAGAAAUAA